AUGGGGGAAAUGGCUCAAGAUAAAAUUGAUGUUCGACAACAUGGUGUUGAAUUAGAUCAAAAGAAGAAGAAAAUCAAGUGCAACUAUUGUAGUAAAGUUGUUUCAGGGUUUACCCGGCUUAAAUACCACUUAGGAGGCAUUCGUGGAAAUGUAAUUCCUUGCUUGAACGCUCCUACACUUGUAAAAGAAGCACUGAAAGCUGAGGUACUUGAGAAGAAAAAUGGCAAUUUAAGCAAGGAAGAUGAGCAACUAAACCACACAAAUCUUCUUUUGAAAAGGAACUGGUGCCCCCGAGAUGGUGAUGGUGAACCAAAUAAGACAGAUAUCACUCAGAGUUCUGAAAGUGCAAAUAAAAAGCACAACGGAGUGAAUUCAAAAGUAGCUGGUAGUUGUGUUGUAGAUUCAUUCUCACAAGAGAUUUCGAAAUCUAUAGGGAGAUUUUUUUAUGAAGCAGGAAUCGACUUUGAUGCUAUCAGAUCACCUAGCUUCCAAAGGAUGGUAAAAGCCACCCUUAGUCCUGGGGAGACAAUAAAAUUUCCUAGUUGUGAUGAGUUGAAAGGUUGGAUCCUUCAGGAUGCAGUGAAAGAGAUGCAACAGUAUGUAACAGAAAUCAGAAAUUCAUGGGCAAGCACAGGGUGUAGUAUCUUGCUAGAUGGAUGGAUAGAUUUAAACAGUCGAAAUCUGAUUAAUAUCCUAGUGUACUGCCCGAGGGGUACCAUUUAUCUUCGGUCAUCAGAUAUUUCAUCUUUCAAUGACAAUGUUGAUGCCAUGCUAUUAUUCUUUGAGGAAGUUCUGGAGGAUAUUGGAGUUGAAACUGUGGUCCAAAUUGUUGCAUACUCGACAUCUGCUUGCAUGAUGGAAGCAGGCAAGAAACUAAUAGAAAAACAUAAGACAGUUUUUUGGGCAGUAGAUGCUUAUCAUUGCAUGGAACUUAUGUUACAGAAGUUCACAAAGAUAGACCCAAUACAUGAAGUUUUGGAGAAGGCCAAAACACUCACACAAUUUAUUUACAGCCAUGCUACUGUCCUGAAGCUUCUAAGAGAUGCUUGUCCUGAUGAGCUCGUAAAGUCUUCAAAAAUAAGGUUCAUUGUGCCCUUUUUGACUCUGGAGAACAUUGUAUCACAGAAGGAAUGCUUAAUUAGGAUGUUUCAAUCUUCUGAUUGGCAUAGCUCAAUCUUGGCUUCUACGGAUGAGGGUAAAAGAAUGUCAGAUAUGGUUGAGGAUCAAUCCUUCUGGACCGAGGCUUUGAUGGCUGUGAAGGCAACCAUUCCCCUGGUAGAAGUUUUAAAAUUGCUAGACUGUACUAAUAAGCCACAAGUUGGUUUUAUAUAUGAUACACUUGAUCAAGCUAAAGAGACCAUCAAAAAGGAAUUCAAACACAAAAGAUCCCAUUAUGCAAGAUUCUGGAAAGCCAUAGAUGACAUAUGGGACGAAUACCUCCACAGUCAUCUACAUGCUGCGGGUUACUUUUUGAACCCAACCCUUUUUUACUCGAGCAAUUUCUACACUGAUGUGGAAGUUUCUUGUGGUCUUUGUUGUUGUGUUGUUCGCAUGAUAGAAGAUCGCCAUAUACAGCAUUUGAUCACACAGCAAAUUGAUGAGUAUCGCGUUGGGAGGGGCACAUUUCAUCUUGGAAGUUUCAAAGAUAAACUAUCAAAUACUUCCCCAGGUGCACUUUGGUGGUCACAAUAUGGAGGUCAGUGUCCUGAACUGCAAAGGCUUGCUGUUCGAAUACUUAGUCAGACAUGCAAUGGUGCUUCACAUUAUAGGCUGAAAAGAAGCUUGGUCGAGACAUUACUUACAGAAGGGAUGAACCCGAUAGAGAAGCAGAGGCUGCAGGACUUGGUAUUCGUCCAUUGUAAUUUGCAAUUACAAGCUUUCGAUCCAGAUGGAAGCAAUGACGAUACAGAUAAUGUUGUUGACCCCAUGGAUGAGUGGAUAGUUGGAAAAGGGCCUAAUCUGGUGUCUGAAAACACUGAAUUGACAUGGAUGGACUUAGAAUUGGGAAGCAGAAAUGGAAAAGGGAAGUAUUGUGUUGAAGGACCUAUUAUUCAUGUAAAGAAGGAAGAGGAAGAUAAUUGUUAA